GGGCUAUGGAAAGUGCAAGCUCGCCCCACACUAUAGGGUCAGUGCUCCUGCCCCACGAGCGCCGCCCUGCACCGCAGCACGUGUCACGGAGCACGUGUCCCGAGCACGUGUCACGUUACCAUGACCACUACUACCACCCCUCCCAAGACCCUUCUUACGGCUUCAAUAGCGUUAUAUUCCGGCCCGGGUCCGGGUAUUGUGGUGGGGAUAGCUGGCAAGACGAGAUCCCCCGAUAUGUGUCGUUACGAGAUCAGAUGGGCGCCGCGCGGGAUUACACUGCACGUGGGCAGAGUUUCUGUCAGAGACACCGCCAGAGUGGGUUUCAGGAGAGCAAGAGGGCUGCACUUCAGGAGUACAGGGAGAACAAGGACUACGAUCUUGUGAGAGCUGCACGAGCUGCUGCUGCUGCUAAAGAAAGUACAAACGCAGAGAAUUACUGUGAGAUAGGUAGUGAUACGGCGGAACCAAGCACGCUUACAUUGAACCCGGAGGAACUGAAGAAGACGCCUAAACCAGUUGUAGAGUCCUUUAGUGACUUCAUGCAAGCCAUCACAGCUAGCUUUAUCAGGUUUAUAUUUGAAGAGGACAGUCCUCCUUUCAGAAGAGUUCUUUGGUUUGUGUUCUGGGUAAUUUGCUGCGGGUACGCCUUGUCAAACAUCCACGCUGCAUUUACCCAAUACUUCGCGUUUGAUACCUCCUCACAGCUGAGUUUUACAUAUAACAUAGGGGGUAAACUCACCAUGCCAGCCAUCACUAUCUGCAAUCUUAACAAAUACAGGAAGAGUUGGUUGAACCAGUCGGAGAAUCUAGUGGUAAAGAAGUACGAGAUUGCGAGGGUCUGGGGGCCGGACGUUCUUGAUGAACUCGGCUUGCCUAUAACAGAGGCAGACAACAGAACAGCCAAACAGCUGCUAAUUCUGGAUUUGGAGAAGUCGGGUAAACACGGUAUAUAUGACAUGUUCAAGCAAGUUAUAUUUGACGAGGAGGAAUUGACAGAUGGGGAGGUGGAUAUCAGAGAGCAUAUCACGGAGAGACGGACUGAGCUGGGGGUCUGCUACACUUUCAACGCUGAUGGCACCAAGACUGUCAAGAGGACCGGAAAUGAUUUCGGGGCCACUUUUAUAAUUAACAUCAACCAGUCAGAAUACGCUGAUACCCAGGAGAGUGCGGGAAUAAAAGUGAUGUUGCACCACUACAAGGAGCCCCCGCUGAUCAAGGAAUACGGUCUAGCAAUCCCUCCAGGAAGUGAAGCGUACAUCAGCACACGGACACUCCGUAUAAACAACCUGGGACAACCCUAUUUUAACUGUACCUCCCGUCCUCUCAUGAACAACACCACUUACUCCGUGGUAGCGUGUCAGCUGGAAUGCCACGCCCAGAUCCUGGACGAGGAAUGCAAAUGUAAACAGAGUCACAUGCCUCUGGAGAACAUCACCAUCUGCAGCUUGUUCACACACCACGACUGCACUGUCAAGGUGAUAAAGCGAAUCCACCAGGGUUUCUACGAGGAUAGGAUUAAGGGCUGCUGGUGUAUUGACCCGUGUACGGACACGUACUACGAGUACAAGUUGUCGCGCGCGCAGUACCCCCCACUUAACGCGGCUACCAAGCUACUGGGACUCAACGAGGAUUACAAUACAGUAUCUGACCUGAGAGAGAACUUUAUCAGGCUGCACGUGUACUUUGAGACGCUGGCUAUAGAGAACGUGCAGAAAGUUCCUGCUUACACUACCAUGAACUUACUGGGAGAUGUGGGGGGUAAUCUGGGGCUGUUUAUUGGAGCUAACGUAGCUACUCUGGGCGAACUGAUAGAUUACUGUGCUAGACGCAUCCACGUGUGGGCCAAUGUUAAGUAACCUGUUACUAUGGUAACUUGUAACUUUGGUAACUUGUAACUUUGGUAACUUGUUGAUUAGCCCAAUUCUUUGUUUGAGAGUUCUAAAAAUCAUAAACUUGUACAUUAGCUAAGACUAUUCACCAAACUGCCUUUUUCAGCUUCAAAAUAGCAGAUACUGCUCUAAGAGAGAUGAUAUCUGAUGACAGCUGCAUCAAGUUAAAAUUACAGCCUGCCCACUUUAUUUGAUUAUUAAGGACUUUUUGCUUUAUCUUGAUUUACUUUGAGUUUAAUUAUUGUAUGUUAUUUGAUUUGAUGUAACGUAAUUGUGAUUAUUAGUUGAUAAAACAAAUCAUGAUAUUCUUAAGUCUGAUGAUGCCUCAUAAUUGUUUGAGGGCAAUUGUAAAUUGUCAGUUGUCAAUGUAUAAUGUAUAGUAUAUAAUGUAUAGUAUAUAAUGUAUAGUGUAUAAUGUAUAGUGUAUAAUGUAUAAUGUGUAAUGUGUAAUAUAUAAUGUAUAAUGUAUAAUGUAUAAUGUAUAAUGUAUAAUAAUGUUUUAAAUUCUCCGAACAAACUCAGACGAAACUCUGUUAUUCUGUUAAACAUCAAAAUAUUAAUUUGG